UCUAUCUUUUUCUCUCUCUACAAUUCUAAAUAUUCCUCUAAUCUCUUUCUCUCUCCUCUACUUUUCCUUCUCUCUCUAAAAUCUUCACUUCUCAGCUUUUCCAAUCUGCUUUCUUUGACUGGACAAGGGGGUUUUCGUCGACGAAUCAAAACCACAAAAAGUUCAGAUUUUUACCCAUUUCGCUGCCCCUGGAUCGCUUCACUCUGAGUUGCAUGAGCUGCCAUUUCUCGCAAAGGCAUAAAGAGUUCUCUACAACAACCAAGUUCUGUAAAAAGAAUGGGGUGUUUCACUGUAUUGAAGAGCAAGAAGAAAAAGUCUGAUCCUAUUACAUAUGUUAAACGUGUAAGCCAUAAUGAGCAUGUGCCUACAGUGCUACCUGAACCUCAAACUCGUACUCGCUCGCUCCAGUCUGCUCCUCCUAGUUUUAAGACCAGAGUGAAACCCAUUCAACCUAUUAGUAAAGUCAAUAGCAACAGAACAAGAACAUUAUCUGCUCCAUCAACUCUUGAUGCCGCAGAACAAGAUGCUUUGGCCUCAAUUGAGUAUGAGGAACAAGAAGAGUCUAAACACCGAACUGGAUCAAUGAUGGAGCGUUCAUCUAGCCCACAACCCUUACCACUUCCAUCCCCACAGGGUGGUGCUGUAUUGAAGGCUAUUGGCAGCUUUAAGUCAGUUACAGCUAGUGGUCCUCUAUCUGCUUCUGGACCUUUGCCACUUCCACCUACCGGUUCACUUCGGAAUUUUCUGUAUGAUGAAAUUGCCACUGCUUGUCACAAUUUCUCUUCUGAUAGAUGCAUGUCAGAAUGUCUUUCAUCCACCAUAUAUAAGGCUUCUUUUGGUGAUGAUGUUUCAAGUUCAAAGAAGUUUGAAGCCACUGUCACACGACUUCACCCAUCAUCUCAGGGCUUGAAGGAAUUCAUAAAUGAAGUUAAUACUCUUGCAUCCUUGCAACAUCCAAACCUCUGCAAAUUGCUAGGAUUUCAUGCUCGAGAGAGUUCAGAACAUAGAAUGUUGGUUUAUGAGAGGCUAUACCAUGGAAGCUUGGAUCGCUUAUUGUAUGGGAGAUCUGAUGGGCCAUUAAUAGAUUGGAAUACAAGAAUGAAAAUUGCUAUAUGUGCUGCACAAGGUUUAACUUUCUUGCAUGAAGAAGGGCCAUUUCAGGCAAUGUAUAAUGAAUUCUCAACAGCCAACAUACAGAUUGACAAAGAUUUCAGUGCAAAGCUUUCAGGAUAUGGUUGUGUUGGACAUAUUCCCGAGGAAGAGAUUUCAAGCAGUUCAUCUGCUGUUGGAAACCUAUCAAUGGAGACACUAGAGAAAGGAAUGCUCACCCCAAAGAGCAACGUAUGGAGCUUUGGAAUAUUUCUUCUGGAGCUACUUACAGGAAGAAAGAAUCUUGAUAGCCGUCACCCAAAGGAAGAGAGGAAUUUAGUGAAGUGGAGCCGGCCCUUCCUAGCCGACAACUACCGUCUGUCGUUGAUCAUGGAUCCUCAACUCAAGGGUCGAUUUCCUUCUAAAGCAGCAAGAACAAUAGCUGACAUUGCACAAAGAUGCCUUCAAAAGGAGCCAUCAGAGAGACCUACCAUGAGAACUGUUGUUGAGCAUCUGAAGAUGAUACAGGAUUUGAAAUACUCAUGCAGGUUCCCUCUGCAAGAGCCAGCAACGAACUCUGGAAAACAUAUGUCAAGAUCACCAAGUCUGAAUGGCAUCAUCUGCCCAGUACCAAGGUUGAAUUUCUCACCAUCACCACCAUCUGGGGUUCCAGCAGUAGCUGUUUCACCUCCAAGAUGGUCUGGUGGAGUGCCCCUUCUACCACCUCGUGCAUGUUCUUCCAGUCUCUCUCUGGAGGAACUUGAUAGGCAGGAAAGCCGCAAGUCAUCAUCCUCAGCCUCUAGAAGGGCUAGUGUUGAAGGAUUUUGAUUGUGUAUAAUGUUCAUUUUUUAUUUAUUAUUUUUUUUGGUGUGAUUCAACACAAAUUUAUAGGAGAUAAAGAUGUGGUUCUUCCACCUUUUAAUCCCUCAGUUUGAUGCCGAGAGGAUGUUCUUUUGUAGAUAGUGCAAAGGUUGGUUGAGUGGGUUCAAUUAGUUACCCCCAUUUAUAUGAAAAAUUAUAUGCUCUUUUACCAUU